ACAAUCAUCUUGAGACAGUUUGACCUUCAAGUGCUCACAACCUCCUUCAGUGGACGAUACCCCUGAAGCGUUACCAAUCGCAUGUAGGGUACUUACAAUGUUUUUUUGUUGACUUCUAGAUAUGUUUGCAUCAAUUAUAACCUUAUCCAAUUGUUUUUUGUUAUUGAAUACGUUUACUCAUGUUUUUUUGGCUAGACCUAAGUUAUCAAAGGCUGAACGUUGUAUGAAGUUAGGAUGGCAGUUAAAGUUGCACUUAAUUGCUUGCGUGUUCUCUGUAUACAGAGUCAUGUUGUCCAUGGAUAUGUCGGCAAUAAAAUAGCUGUUUUUCCUCUGCAAGUCUUAGGCAUAGAAGUCGACUAUAUUAACUCUGUACAGUUUUCGAAUCACACAGGUUUGCGCACUACUAGUCAUAACGUAUACAGGCUAUGAUUUUGUCAAGGGACAAGUGUUGGAUGCUGCGAGUAUGAAAGAUUUAUAUCUUGGUUUGAAGGCAAAUGGUCUGAACAAGUAUACUCAUGUGCUCACAGGUUAUCUUGGGUCGCCAAGCUCUUUGGAAGCGGUCGCAGAUAUUGUAUCCGACCUCAAAAAAGAGAACUCAAAUAUAAAAUAUUACUGCGAUCCCGUGCUAGGUGACAAUGGAAAGCUUUACGUUCCACCCGAACUCGUCCAGAUAUACCAAGAAAGAAUACUCCCUUUAUCAGAUGUCAUUUUGCCAAACCAAUUUGAAGCAGAAAUACUAAGUGGUAUACGAAUAACAGAUGAAAAGUCUGCUUUAAAUUGUAUCAACUACUUACAUAAAAAAUAUCAUAUUCCAACUGUAAUUAUUACAAGUACUAAUGUAACGUUGUCACCAGUAAUGUAUGGUUAUGGAAGCCGUUUAAAUAAUCCGAUGAAAAAUAUUAAUAAUAGUAGUGAUUUGUUAAAUCAAAGGAAUGGUUCGGUUGUGGACAACACUUCAGAAUACGAUCGUGUACGUUUUAAAAUUCCGCAUUUUGACUGCCAUUUUAUCGGAACCGGAGAUUUAUUUGCUGCUUUAACAUUAGCUCAUUUAGAGACAAAAAUUGUAAAUGAAAAUGGACAACAAACACCUAAAUAUUCCUUCAAAGAUGCUUUCCAAUCGGUUCUUGGUACAAUCCAAACUGUUCUAUCAAAAACAUUAAAGAUAUCCGAAGGUGGUUAGUUAGUUUGAUUUGUUUUAUGAUUUCCGUAUAUAAUUAUCACUCAGCUGAAUGUGAUCCCAUGUGACUGGUCUUGAUCAUUGAUCGUCUACG